AUGUUUACUUUUCGCUUUCAAACUUCUUUUAUUUUUUUCUUUCUAUAUUUCUCUUUCUCUAUCUUGUGUUACAUCUAUAUCUCUUUCCUCUCUCUCAUCUUUCUCCUCUCACUUCUUCUCUUACAGUCUCUCUCUCUCUCUCUCUCUCUCUCUCUUUUGAUUGUAUCUCUCUCUGGCUCUAAAUUUAUUUUCCUUACUUCUCUCUAUCAUCCUCAGUUUUAUCUUUCUCUUCCUCACAUUUCUUUUUUCUUGUCUAUCUAUUUCUCUCCAUCCCAUGUUUCAUCCAACACUUUUCUCUAUACCUCUUCUUUCCUCUUUCUCUCUCUCUCUCUCUCUCUUUCCCAUUUUCUUUCUAUCUUUGUCUGUUUUUCUCUCUCUUUCUCUAAUUUUCUUUUCUUCUCUCUAGACAUGACUCCAGUGUCUGGAAUAAUUUUAUUCUUUUUCUUUCUAUUUUUUCUACCGCUCUUCCGUAUAUCCUCAUUAAAUCUUCCUUCAUUUCUACACUCUUUUCCUUCCUCCAUCUCGUCGUUCAUUUUCCGUCGUGUCAUCGCUCUUUCGUUUCCUCUUUCUUUUUGUUCUUUUAUUACUUAUUGA